AACACUGUCGGAUAAAUGAACAUUUUUGAAGGUCGUGAAUAUGUACAAAAACAAGAAAGUCAGUUGAACAAUUUGAGAUAUAAUAACAAUCAAAGAUAUCGGUUUAACAAAUAAAUUAAUAGCAACAGGAAUUUCUUAUAUGAAACAGGUACACGUUACACGUAUGUACGGUAGAUGCGUAAAAAUGAUCCAUCAAAAAUGUAGACUAGGAUUUUAUCCGCAUUCAAAGAUUAAAAGAUUCGAAGUACAAGAGAGCAAAGUAUCGUGGAAUGUAGAAUAUCCUGAAUAUGAACCAAUUAAAUAUACUGCACCUAGUAUACAAAAUAAACCUUGGGCAGAUCCAGAAAUUGGAAGUGCCUCUUUCGUACCAAAAUGGAAUGCGAUAGAUGGAAAAAUAGAUCGUAAAAGUUAUAUGGGAGAAUAUGUUAUAAAUGAAGAUGGCUAUCCUUUAAAUCCUGUUGGUAGAACAGGUAUUAUUGGAAGAGGUGUUUUAGGUCGUUGGGGACCAAAUCAUGCGGCGGAUCCAAUCGUCACACGAUGGAAACGAGAUAGCAAUGACGUAUUAGAAAUAAAUAAAACUACGAAUAAACCUAUAUUACAAUUUGUAGCCAUUCAGAGAAGAGAUUGCAAAGAGUGGGCAAUACCUGGAGGUAUGGUAGAUCCAGGUGAAAUAAUAUCUGUUACAUUAAAACGAGAGUUUAUGGAAGAAGCUAUGAAUUUAUUAGAAAAUGACAUUGCCAAGCGCAAUGAGAUGGAAACAAAUAUGAAUCUAUUUUUUACAAAUGGAAUUGAAAUUUACAAGGGUUAUGUCGAUGAUCCCCGAAACACAGAUAAUGCUUGGAUAGAAACUGUUGCUUUAAAUUUUCAUGACGAAGAUAACAAUACUUUUGGACAAUUACCUUUAACGGCUGGAGAUGAUGCUUGUAACGUAAGAUGGAUGGAUGCAGAUGCAAAGCUAAAUUUAUAUGCUAGUCAUUCGGAGUUUAUUAAAAAAACUGUUGAGAAACAUGAUGCACAUUGGUAAACCACAAUAAUAACUUAAAAAAUAUCAAAUAUUUUUUACGAUAAAUAUAAGAUAAGGAAAAAGAUUUAGGUAUUAUUGUACUAUGUAGAAUUUUUUAAUUUAGAUAUAUAAAAGUUAUCACAUUUAUAUAUUU